AUGUCUUCACUCGCAGCACAGCUGCGACCCAUUCCUCUUCCUACGACAUCGUUUGCUGGCCAAACCAUCAUUGUCACCGGUUCAAGCACUGGUCUAGGGCUUGAAGCCGCCCGUCAUUUUGUAAGACUUGGAGCAGCGCGAGUUAUCCUCGCAGUGAGAUCUAUCAAGAAAGGUGAAGACGCCAAAGCUUCAAUCGAAGCCUCCACAAACCGCAAAAAUGUCAUCGAGGUGUGGCAAGUCGACAUGUCCAAUUAUGAAUCUAUUAAAGCCUUUGCCAAAAAGUGCGAUUCGCUAGAUAGGCUGGAUGUCCUUGUUGCGAAUGCGGGUGUUCUGCGCAACACGUUCGAGGAAUGCGAAGGGACUGAAGUGUCCAUCGUGGUCAAUGUUAUCGGAACAUUCCUGCUUGCCCUUAACCUUCUUCCAAUCAUGAGAAAGUCAGGAGGGGAAACAGGAUUAGUUCCAAGGCUGGUGGUAACGACUUCUAUCUUACACGAAAACGCAAAAUUUCUGGAACAACAAGAAUCCUCGAUUUUCGAGGCCUUCAAGAAGAAGAACAAGGCUUAUCUUGCGGAUCGAUAUAAUACUUCGAAACUUCUUGAAGUUUUUCUCGUCCGUUCCAUAUCCGCAGCAAUGGACAAGGGUGCGCACGCCAGACAGCAAGUGAUUUUGAAUUGUGUCAAUCCUGGCUUGUGCCAUUCGGAGCUUGACAAGGAAAUCAAGGGACUCACUGGCUUUGUGAUCACGGUCGCCAAAGCAUUGAUCGCGAGAUCAACAGAGGUCGGCGGACGUACCCUCGUUCAUAGUGCAGCGGCGGGAAUCGACAGUCACGGUCAGUAUAUGAGCGAGUGUAAGGUGAAGGAGUCAAGCAAAUUUGUUCGAAGCAACGAGGGAGCAAGCGUUCAACAACGUGUGCAUAAUGAGUUGAUGCGGGUUCUGGAGGAGAUUCAGCCAGGUGUCACAAGCAACAUCUAG